UUGUUUUCUUCUUGUACAAUCAAUAACGAACAAUGUUAAAAGCGAACCAGAAGAAGUCGAAGAAUAAAGCACCUGGAGAUCACGAGCCAGCUGAAUGCGAUCACACGAUUCAUGGCGAGUUCAUACAUCACAAACCGAAAACUGCGAAGGAAAACAAGGAACUGGUUCGAAUACGCCAGCAGAAGGACAUCAGGGAUAUAAUUGUUCCAUGUAGGCAGCCUCUGGAAAUCCCCAGAAUAUUGCCGGCAUCGGAGUUUCAAAGACUCAAGAAACAGUCCUACGUGGUCACUGCGGCUGAGCGAAAGGCGAUCUUCGAAGAGAACGAGAGAAAGAAGAUGCAGCUUCGACGCGAGAGCGAGCAGCGCAAAGAGAAAAUGAAAAAUCUGCAGCAGACGCAAACGGCGACGAAAGGAUCUACACUGGAAAAAGUUGAAUCUGACGCGAAACGAAAAAACAUGUAUCUGUUGCAAAGGGCGUUCGAAAUGCAACAGGAGCAAGAGGAUGAGAUCAAAAACGUGAACAGCAUCAUCUUGGCGAGCAAGUGUUUGGCUAUUAGAGAAGCGCAGAUCGCAGAGAAAAAUUUAAUCAAACGGGAAAUCGAGGAAGAGGAGAAUCGCUUAGACAUGAUGAUGGAACAGGAACGUCAGAGGGGAUUGCUCGAGGAGCAGAAAAAGCGCGACAAAGAAGCGGAACGCACCCAAACAUUCGUCACGCAAAUUCAACAGCAAAUAAAGGAAAUCGAAAUACAGAAUUUGAUAGAGGCGGAACAUAAGGAGGAGGAAGCGAGGAACAUAAAUCUGGCUUUGGUGGCUAUGCAGCAGGAGGAAAGGGAUCGGCAACGACAGAAGAUGGAAAAUAGAUUGAAGAUACGGGCAGAUAUGAAGCAGGCGAACGACGAUAUGGAAAAUUACAGGGCUUUGCAGAGGGAGGAAGAGCGAUUGGCCGAUGCUAGGUUGAAAGAAUUCAUGAAGCAGAAGCAUGAUCGUGAAGCUGCAAUAGAGGCGGAAAUAAAGGCGAACAAAGCGGCGAAGGAAAGAGAAAUCGCCAGACUCACAGCGACUCAAGCGAAGGCUGCAGAUUUGCAAGCGUUGCGUGACGAGAUGAACGCUUACCGUGUUCACGAAGAGACUGAACGCGAGUGGAGGAAGAAGGAGAAAGAGGGAGCGAUUAAGAAGAAGGAGAUGCUUGCUCAGUUGAAGAGAGAUCGCGAACAGCAAAUUGAAGACAUAAGGAAGGCUCAAGCAGCGGAAUUGGCGAGAGACGAGGAGGAAUUCCUUAAAGUCGCCCAAAUGCAGUACGAGAUCUUCGCCAAAGAGCAAGAGAAGCACGCGGAAAAGAAACGUAUGGCUAAUCAGUACAGGAAGGAGAUCUUGAAGCAAGUUAACGAACGCGAGAGCGAACGUAUCGACGCGCGAAAAACCAAAUUGGAGGAAGGAAACGCUUUGCGUUUAGAAGACGAACUCAGACGUGUGAGGAUUAACGAUACCCUCGAGAGAAAACUUAGGAUCCUGAGAAGGAACAAUGUACCAGAGCAAGCAAUCACCGACGUGCAACGUCAAAUUAAGACUAGAUUAUCGAAAACCAAGGCGAAAUAAUAAUUGUGUGUGGGGAGAUUCUACAAAAUUGCAAAACGAAAACAGAAACAACAACAGUUAUUAUUAUUAUUAUUGGGGAUACUAUUCUUGUUUGAGUGAGUAAUAAAA